UUUGCUACACAGCCAUGGACGCUUUUUGCUAUUCAGAAUGACCCUUACCCUACAGAGAGCAACAAUCGGUGGUUAGUCAACAUGAGGAAAGUCACAAUGAGGCUUGGGCCGCGGUUGUUGUUGCUUGAGUGGGUGGGAACAAGUAUCCUAGACCAGCGCCCUAUCGCGUUGGGAUGGGUUCAUUCAUACGCCAGAUUGGCAUACCGACAAGGGUACUUUUUCGGCAAGCCCAUUUACCGCUCAACCCGUCUGCGUGCACUGAAUAACUCUAUCGAUAUCGGCCGUCUGGAGGAGCAGCAGAAAACAUACACUCGAAUAGCUUGCACGUAUCGUCCAGAGCAGAUCGUUGAUAUUCAGAAUACGGUGUCACAAAAAGAGAACAAUGAAUAGAGCGCUGUAUGCAUUCUGGAGACAUGAUACAUUUGCUUUCCUUCACGACCUCAUCCAACAAGACGAAGCAUAAGUAAUCUUGACCUGUGGUCAGAGACGACAGUAAGUAAGGCUAUCAAUGACAAAAUGAUGCUUGUAUGC